CUUAUACAUUAAAGAAUUUAACCACAUUGUAAUUUCAACUGGACUAACAGUGUGGGAACUGGAAAAGGUGGCAUUUAUUUACGGAGAGAUUACACCAAGUAGAACAAUACAACUGAACGAUGUAACAACAAGAUAUAUCUUACUGGAACAGCUUCUUAGUCUUGUUGAUCUUACUUUAUGCGAAGUGAAAGUAUAUUCUAGAGAAGGACAAGAAUAUGAUUCUAAGAAAGAGAUAUAUAAACCAAAUAAAGUCCAUGGCGAGUGGAGCCAUUGGUCCCCGUGGUCAAAUGAAUGCUACUGUGAUGGUCAACAAUACAGACAUAGACUUUGUAACAAUCCCGAGGAGAAAUUUAGCGGGCAGAAAUGCCCUGGAAGAAAUACUUCUGGAAGACAGUGUUCGCCUGUCGGUGCCAAUUGUGAAGAUAUUAAUGGCCUCAGUCAUUGGUCUGAGUGGAGUCAAUGUUCAGCUGAAUGUGGCGAUGGAUUAGUGACAAGAAGACGAAAAUGUAAGGUCUCGAAAUCAAUAAGAACCAUAAAUAAUUGUGAAGAAGUUGUUGAAAGUCGACCUUGUAUUGGCAUGGGAAACUGUCUAGGAUUAUCCAUCGGAUCAAUGUCUGGUAAUGAAAAAGCAGUAUGGGAAAAUGGAAACAUUCCAAUCUUUACAGCAUGGAACUUGAAGAUAAUGACAACGGGAAAGUGUAGCCGGAUGAACUUCAAGCUUUUCUAUGAAAACAAUACAUGGGAACGUGAAGACUGUAGUCAUAAAUUGGCAGAAUAUGUUAUGUGUGAAAGUAAACAAGAAGUUACAGACAGCGUUCCAAUUAAGUCUUUACUUAUCUUUGCUGAUACUGAGCGUGUUACGGUCCCCGAGCAGAUACCGGCUCGAGAAUAUUCCGGGAAUAUCAGUGUUACAGUAACUGGUGCACGGUGCAUUAACAUGUCAUGCCGAUACAAAGACGGCUUAGAGAAAAUUGCAUGCAAGCAAUCCGACAAUGUGUGGGAGGAAUGUAGUAUCAAUUUGCCUGCAAAGACUGAUUCGAAUAUUACAUACGAAAAGUACAUGGGUAAUCUCAGCAAAACAUUCUCAGGAAAAGUGUGUCAAAGAUGGGACCGAAAUAUUCCAUAUGUUCAUAAUUUUGAUGGCACCAUCUUUAAAGGAGAAGGUAUAUCUGAUGCAGCUAAUUAUUGCAGAGACCCUGGGGAAACCGGUAAUUUCUGGUGCUUCACAACAGAAUCUAAUACACGAUGGGAGCCAUGUUUAUUAAAAGAAGAUGAAGUAAACACUGAUGACACAACCCUCAUUACUAAAAACAACCAUUUCAUGUGCGAUGAUGUUCAUCCAAUGAUAGACAUUGAUUUCGGAACAAAAAAAUCAGGACGAUUUAAUGACGAGCCAUUUGAAAUUGGAUCUUUCUUUAGAUGCAACUCAAAUGAAUAUAUUUCUGUAAUUGCCACAUGUGAUGGAGUUAUAGACUGUUUUGAUGCUUCAGAUGAGUUAGAAUGUACUGAAAACAAAAUGGAAGGUAAUACUUGCUCUAAACAUCAGUUCCAAUGUGACGAUGGUGACUGUAUACAUAUCAGUCAAGUUUGUAACUUCAAGAAAGAUUGUAUCGACGGGUCUGAUGAAAAUUGCGAUACAUGUCAACCUAACCUCGCCUUUCAUUGUGACUUUGGAAGAUGUAUACCUCUAAGGUUAAUUUGUGACGAGUAUCAACAUUGUGAAGACGGCACAGACGAAACUGAUUGUGUCAACAAAGUGUUUGAUUCAUGCCAAGAUGUCUGGGAAAGUGGAUAUAGAAAAUCUGGAUAUUAUAACAUUAUAGGUUUGUUCAAUAAUAUAGAACUGAAGCAUUACUACGUACAAAUUAACAGUAUUUGA